UUCUCCCACUACGACGCCCCUGGUGUUACCUGAGUGUGUACGUUUGGUUCACCUGUCAAACCUGAGUCUCGGCGGCUCCUGCCUCUUUAAAUAAAAACCCCGCUAAUGAAAAUCCACCGGUGACACCCCCUCCCCCUCCUCCUCCUGCCCUUGGCCUCCCUCCUGCUCUCAGCCCGGCCCGGGCACCGGAGCUGUAUCCCCGGAUCACCGCGGGCUGUCCCAGUCGGUGUGUGGUGGUUUCCGGAGCUGUGGAGAAACAACAGCAACAGGGUGACGUUGAGUUCCGUACACGAAGCGGCCCUGCUGGGCGGAGCAGAGUGCGGGAAGCAGCAAGAACAGGUGGGCGGUGUCUGUCCACAAAUUACCUGAAAUACGAGAGGCUUCUUGCUGCCAGCUGGUCCUCCCAUCCCUCCAGCAACUGUGGGCUUUUUUAAAAAUCGUUUUUAAUAAUCAUCCAUUUCGGAGGAUCUUUUUAACUGUGUGGAAGAAUGAGCGCCUACACUGUGACACUACCUGGACCUGGCCCCUGGGGCUUCAGGCUGCAAGGGGGGAAGGACUUCAAUAUGCCGCUGACCAUCUCCAGGAUCACUCCAGGCAGCAAAGCAGCGCAGGGGAACCUGAUCCAGGGUGAUGUCAUUGUUGCCAUCGAUGGAGUCGGCACAGACGGGAUGACUCACUUGGAAGCCCAGAACAAGAUCAAGAUGGCCAACUACAAUCUGGCACUCACCAUGACCAAGUCGAAACGUCCCAUUCCGAUGCAGGCACCAAGAAUGGACGCAGCUAUUCCCAUGAUCCCUCACCAACAGCCUCAGUCAGUGCAGGUGAACGGUCGCCUGUCGGCCUGCAGUGCCUCCCCCGGGCCUGUAGAGGCAGACUCUCCAGGCAGCAAGGUGGCGGGCAGCCCCGCUAAGAGGAAGCAGUAUAACACACCAAUCGGCCUGUACUCAGAGGAAACUCUGAGGGAGAUGGCAGCCAUUCAGGCUGGUCAGCCUGUGGGCCCCAUUGGGCACGCUCCAGCAGGCCCCGCCCCUUGUUCUCCGCCUGCUAGCACCAUCAUGCAGCCUCUGGACCCCACCCCUGCUCCAUCUGACCGUGCACCUGACAGCAUGUACGGUCAGCCUCCUCCUACCAUGAAUCAGCCUCAAAAUUUCCCGCCUCCACAACAAUACCAGCAACAAUACCAGCCAAUGCCACAGCAGUACCAGCAGCCUCCAAUGCAGCAGCCUCCAAUGCAGCAGCCUCCAAUGCAGCAGCCUCCAAUGCACCAGCCUCCAAUGCAGCAAGUUCCGCCCACUCAACAGAGCUCCAUUCAGAUCCCUUUUGGCUCCGCAUCUCCCAAGGUGGUCAGCACUGCCUGUAUCUACCCCUCUCAGCCAGCUCCAGCUCCUGCUCAUGCUCCAGCUCCCGCUCCACCUCAGCCCCGCCCCCCAGCUGCUGCCCCAGCCCCAGGUCCAGCUGGUCCUGACUCCAGACCCCCAUGGGUGGCUGACACCAACUUUGCCAACAAGUUUGACCCUAGUAAGAUGACCACCACCAUGAAGGUGCAGUCGCUGCCCCAGGGUGCACCUCCUCCACCAGCUUACAUCCCCCACCCCUCCCCUGCAGCACCUGUGGCUCCCAGUCCGACCUCCAUCCCACCAAGCCCUGCCCCAUUUGCUCCUGUGGCAAGGGGUGUGGCUCAAAGGGCAGAGAGGUUCGCAGCCAGCAGCCGUACACCUCUGUGUGGGGCCUGCAAUAGCGUCAUCAGGGGCCCCUUUCUCGUGGCCCUUGGUCGGUCCUGGCACCCUGAGGAGUUUAACUGUACCUACUGCCACAUGUCCUUGGCUGAUGUCAGCUUUGUGGAGGAACAAAACAAUGUGUAUUGUGAGAACUGCUAUGAGGAGUUCUUUGCUCCAACCUGUGCCCGCUGCAGCACCAAGAUCAUGGGGGAAGUGAUGCACGCUCUGCGGCAGACAUGGCACACCACCUGCUUUGUGUGCGCAGCCUGCGGAAAAGCCUUUGGAAACAGCCUCUUCCACAUGGAGGACGGAGAGCCGUAUUGCGAGAAAGAUUAUAUCGCACUCUUCAGCACCAAGUGUCAUGGAUGUGACUUCCCGGUGGAAGCUGGUGAUAAGUUCAUUGAGGCUUUGGGUCACACCUGGCAUGACACCUGCUUCGUCUGUGCGGUUUGUCAUGUGAACCUGGAGGGCCAGCCUUUCUACUCGAAGAAAGACAAACCUCUGUGCAAGAAGCACGCUCACGCCAUCAACGUGUAGGAAAGCCGCACAUCUACAGGUCUGACCGUCACCGGGGGUGCAGCCCGCUACGAUGAAUGCAAGCCGACAGCAACAACUUUUACAGGCGUGUGUGUAAACGCUAUUUAUGCAAGAUACACUUUGGUUUGAGACGUAUUUAUUCUGUGCAUUAACAUUGUUAACUAUGACAACACUGCCUGAUCAUUGAAACGUCAACAGAGACAUGUUUCCUGUUGUCCAUGUGACCCACUUUCUGAUGUACUGUAGUGUUUUUCUUUCUUAUGUUUUCUACCAGAAACUACUGUGUUUGAUAUGACCCAGGUCAUGACCCAGGUGCUGUUGAGUGAAAAAACAGAGGAGUUUAGAGUUUAGAGUCUGGAGGGUGCCAAAUCAUACAAAUGAAUUCUGGGUAGUUUAAACUUUACUCCAUUUAAGUGUCACUUUGAACAAUACAACUCUCUCAGAUAUACAAAGGUAGAUUAAAGGAUCAUCCUCAUUGAUUGCAUUAUACAUGCACCUAUAGGAGCAAAGCUUCUAAUUUCAUUGUAAGCUAUACAAUGACAAAUAAAAGCUACUCUAUUCUUUCUGUGAUUAAAGGAUCUUUUAAUGUAUAAUUGUACUGCCCUUUAAAAAGCACAUCAAACAUCAACAUAGAACACUUAUUUUUUACAGUGUAGAGAGAUAAUGAUUGUCAGAUCCAAAUCCCCCUCUGCUUUCCUAAAGAAAGCUUUGUUAGCCAAUCAAAUUUUAGAAAUAAAUUUUUGUUUUCCAACAGCACUCUCUGGACUCCAUAGAUUUGAACUGCACAGCUGUAGUUUGUUUCCAGAAUAAUGCUCUCAUUGUAUCUUUGACUCUCCUCAGUACUGUGCCUAUUUCAAGUUCUAUAAUUAGGUCUUUUGAAGGCUUCCUGUUUUUUUCACUUUAUUGAACUAACAACAAUCUUUUAUUCAUGUUUGGUUCAUUUCCUGUUUUUAUUUUAUAAACAACACGACUCUCAGUCUGGACCUCUCUCAGAUCAAUGAAGACUCAAACAGAUGUGGUGUUGGUCUGGCCUGACGUGGUCUCACUGCAGCUGUGUUAUAGUGUUACAGGUAACUGAACAGCAGAGCAGGGUGUGAAGAAGCCUUACCCGGUGUGUGUCUGACACGUUGUUAGAAAUGAGACUGGCAGUGAAUGUAACACGACCAGGUGACACUUUUCAUCAGCCUCAUUCCAGCAAGUGAACCGGUGUGGUCACAUGGAAAACAAGCACAAGUGCACAAUGCUAAAAUGGGGGUUUAUGAUCACACCAUAAGAGUUUUAUUCAUGGGUCUUUAUUUAGGGGAGGGUUCUGUAGGUGUGGUGAUGCAGUGAUAGGGGUGGGGUCAGAGGGGAUGACAGUGUCCCACAGUUCCGUUCAUUACCAGGAGUGUUGGAGGCACAUGAGUUGUUAGAAAAGGUGAUGGAUUAAUGAGUGGACAGAGAGUUAUUUAAACCACAACAAAAAAAGCUACAUUACUGCAAAGUGAUGACAAAAAGACAAAAAAAAAACAUGAAAAAGACAUUUAACAGAUUCAAAGACAAAAAACCUUUGGAAAGAAAAAAAAUGAUUUCACAAAUGAGCCACUUCAAAGCAGUGUAAAACAAGAAAGAGACAAACAAGCAACAUCAAAGCUGUGUAAAACAAGAAAGAGACAAACAACAACGUCAAAACAGCGUAAAACAAGAAAGAGACAAACAACAACAUCAAAACAGCGUAAAACAAGAAAGAGACAAACAAGCAACAUCAAAACAGCGUAAAACAAGAAAGAGACAAAAAAAAAACCCAACAACAUCAAAGCAGUGUAAAACAAGAAAUACACAAAAAAAACUUCAAAACAGUGUUGAAACUACACCCAGACUCAAAACCAUCAGCAAACAUCUACAAGACACAAAAUGAUUAGGGAUGGUUGACAAUCCCAAGACACCUAACAACUUUAAAGAGAGGAAAAAAUAAGACAAGAUAACAAAGUAGGAUGAAUUACAAACCAACGUCAGAACUACUUUUUCAAAGCAGUUAUAAAGAUUGACUACAAAGAGACAUAAAAGCAACACAUAAGAAGAAUAUGCAAAACUACAAUAGAGAAAAGCAAAAAGCAAUAAAGGGAUGCAGUUUGAUUCAGACACGCAAAACUAUAAAGACACAAAACAACAACAAAGUGGCGCAAAAUUCGAUACAGAGAGCAAUCAACUACAGAAAGAAACAAAACAACCUUUAAUAAACACAUCACAACUACAAAGAGCAGACUACAAAGACUUUAAACUACAAAGCCAACAUAAACAAAACAACCAUGUAGAGACAAAACAAUCAUAAAGAGACAAUUAACAAACUCAGUUAGAUGCACAGACACAGGAGGAUGCUAAACAACCUCAGAUUGAUGAACUGACAAAUAAACAAUGGUAAUUAUCCACAUAGAUGAUCAAAUAAUCUAGUCUACUGUUCAGAUCAUGUUGAAUCUAGUGUGUGAGGUUUUUCUUCAGCAGAUCAGUCUGAGAAAAGGACAUUAACCCUGCUCCCUCUCUCUGUGCCUCAGUAAGUUUGUGGUACAGUAUCCAGGUGAACCUGCUCAGGUGAGGCUGCUGCAGAGUGUUCACGGUGUCUGAGGGUGUAAUGUGGAUUGUAGUUAUAAUCCAGCUUGGAGUACAGGUACAUUAGGUGUUUCUAUGCAACAAAUAACCUUGAAUUUCAUAUUUAUUUACUUUUUGACUGUGAUAUUUAUUUAAAAGCUAAUAUAUCAUCACUGCUGCGUUCAGUGCUCAUGAAAUAAUUAGUUUAACUUUGUUUUGUGGAUGUUUGGCAUCACAAGAUGUAUUUGGAGAAGUGAUACAUUUCUUGUAAUUAUUCCGUUAAUGAUUGUUGCUGUCCUGAACUGUAAGGGCGUCUUAAUGUCUCUGGUCAUGCUGCAGGCCUUUAGACUGCUUCAUUAUCAGCCUUAUGACACAUUUUGGGCUAUUUCCCAUUCUCUUCAUUGCAGAAGAGAAUGGUGGACAUCUUUGUUGCAAGCAGCAGCCUCUGGUGGCCAUUAGAAGAACUGCAUCCUACAAACUGCCUGUUCCAGGUCUGAUUUCUUUCUCAGUCUGCUCCAGGUGCAUUAAGGACUUCACUUUGGGCUUUCUAUCCAAUAAAACAACACUGCCAAAAUGUAUUUUAAUAUGUGAUCAAUCAGAGAAAAAGUAUGGGGAUUAAAUACAAACUUCCACAGUGGUUCUGUUUUCUUAGAUACGUAAACUGUGAUAUGAACAGAGCUUCAGAUUAAACAGUAUAAAUUAUCUAGAGCAGGGUUCUUUUGUUUCUUAUGGAUAGAAAUGUUUUCAGAACAACUGAAAUGACUUUGACACGUUUUCUGUGGGAAAUGUUGAAUCUUCAAACUCUUCUCCCUGCAGUGUUUUGUGCCUUCGACCUACUUGUGAUGCAUUUAACCGGUGCACUGACUCAGCCAGUUCGUGCGCUGGUGUACAGUUUUUACUUUGAAUAUUUUAUACAGUUUUUCAAAGAGUGAAUGUGUGCAUGCAGAUUGUCUGUCUCUGUUUGUGAUCGCAUGUCGAUCGAGUCAGAAUUAGUUCGUGAAAGAGAGGUGGAAACCCCCCGUUGUGUUACAUUGUUAGAAGACUUUGAACUGAUGGUCUGUAAGUGAAACUUUUUGAACGUGACAUUUUGACUAAAGGAGCUGAAGUAACAAUAAGACUCUGCUGGCUGUUAAUGCUUCACUACAUUUAUUUAACAGGUUUUGAAGAAUAUAUGUGUUGCAAGUUGAAUAAAUUGAGCACUUCAAACACUG